UGCCUGAUUUGAUGUUUUUAUCCUGUGAAUUGUGGCAGCAAGUGGUUUGUGUAUGUGGUUCAAAGCAAAACAUGUAGAUCGUGGAGAACAGCUUGGAUCUUCAGCUGACUGUACUCUCAGUCACACAACCCAGUCCAUGCCAACAUCUGAAUUAAACUUAUUCGAUGCACGCAGUGGUGGGUUCCAUUCGAAGGCUAAAAGCAAGCACAUGAAUAGCAGUUGUCCAACCUUCGUCAGGCCAAUGACCAUGAAAGGGUGGAAAGUUAAGGUGGCAUUCAGAUGACAAAAAGGGUGAGUACCACAAAAAGGUAUAGCUAAAGAGAAGGAAUCACACUCAGAGCUCACUAUGAAGGCACCAAAACCAUCCACAUUGCCACAUUGCCACACCACAACAUCCCCAGAUGUCAUAUCUGCUGAAUCCAUUUCUAAAGUUCCAAGUCUCUUCCUUGUGCCUCAAGGUGUUGGUUGUAUAAAGUUCUGCAGCUGCUAUGAACCCACUCCAAGCACUCAACAUGGAACUCAGCCAUGUCUCUUCCUCCUGCAUGACCUGCAAGAACGUCUGUCAAGAGAUUCAUGCGACAUGGGAUCAGCUUAAUCUUGUAGCUCGGGCCUUGGCGCACCGAACUUUAACAGAGAGGCGACAGAUCAAGGAGAUGUAUCGAGCCAUGUUCGGCGAGGACUUCGUCGAACACCUUCGCAGAACCCACAUGGCCAACUCGAAGAAUGAGAUGUGCAACGCGCUGUACCUAUGGAUGCUCGAGCCACACGAACGCGACGCUGUUCUUGCAAAUGAUGCAAUCGAGCGCAGAGUCACAGAUUACAAAGCCCUCGUUGAGAUCUACACUCGGCAAAAGUUGAGCCAGCUCUUCUUCACCAAGCAUGCAUAUCUAGCGAAGUUCAAGAGACACAUGGAUCAAGACAUUAUUUCUGAGCCAUCCAACUCAUACCAGAAGUUUCUGCUGGCUCUUGCGGCCUCCCAAAAGUCGCACCACACCGAUGUCAGUCAACACAUUGCCAAAUGCGAUGCUAAGAGGCUGUAUGAAGCAGGACAUUGCAGCACGGGAGGGACUGAUGAGUCUCUAGUCCUUGAGAUCUUUAGCAAGAGAAGCAUCCCGCAACUGAGGUUGGCACUCUUCAGCUACAAACAAAUAUAUGGGCAUGAUUACACAAAGGCAUUGAAGAAAGGCACAAGCGGAGAGUUUGAGGAAGCACUGAGGAUUGCCAUAAAAUGUGUUCAUAAUCCUGCACAAUACUACUCCAGAAUGGUGAACAAGAGCAUAAAGAUGGGAGAUACCGAUGCAAGAGUUCUGACAAGGGUAGUGCUUGGAAGCACUGAUGCGGGCAUGAAAGAGGUGAGAUCAGCCUUUGAGAAGAUGUACGGUAGGAAGAUGCAAGAUGCCAUCUGUGAGAGCCUUCCCGAUGGAGAUUACAGAGACUUCAUUCUGGCCUUGAGCAAUAUUCCAUAGCGUGUUGUUACCCUUUGAGUUUUCUGAAGAAUGUUUUUACAGCAUGUACCAGACGGAGAUUAAGAUUAUGAUUGUAACUCCUUGACAAAGAUGGUGAAUGAAAGAUUAUCCACAGAACAAAGGGUAAAGAAUUUGGCAUCCUACGACACUUCCAAUUUCAUAUGUUCAUUUUUCAUUGGAGCUCGGUUUAUUUCUUCACAUCAAAAGGAAAGAUUUGCAUGGAGCUUAUCGAACAAUAUUAUGUAUGAAGACCCUUUU